AUGUUCACGCAUGCCUACGAUAAUUACAUGACCCAUGCCUUCCCACAGGAUGAGCUUGAUCCCAUCCAUUGCACCGGACGUGGGAGCGAUCGUGAUCGCACCAACAUCAACAUUAACGACGUCCUCGGCGACUACAGUCUGGGCCUGAUCGACGCUCUUGAUACUCUUGCCGUCCUAGGCAACUGGACUGAGUUUGAACGAGCUGUGCGAUGGGUCAUCCAUACGGUAAACUUUGACCGCGACGUGACUGUCCAGGUCUUUGAGGCCAACAUUCGUGUGUUGGGCGGCCUGCUUUCCGCCCAUCUCAUCGCAACGGGCGCCAUCCUUCCACACAUGCGCCUCGUUGAUCGCCCCAACAAGCUCGACUACACGGAUGAACUGCUCUGGUUGGCCCGGGACCUUGCAGUUCGCCUACUACCAGCUUUUGACGCCACGCCGACAGGCCUGCCCUAUCCCCGCGUCAACUUGCGUCAUGGUGUCCCAACUGCAGCCUUUUGGCGCAACGACACUUGCACUGCUGCCGUUGGCACUCUGUCACUGGAAUUUGGCGUUUUGAGUGCUUUGACAGGGGAUCCAGUGUACGCAGGCGUGGCCAAACGUGCCUUGCGUGCCAUCUGGAGCCGGCGCAGUCCGAAGACCGGGCUUCUUGGAAACACCAUGGAUAUUCAUACUGGCCGUUGGAUUAACGUCAUGAGUGGCCUGGGCGCCGGCAUGGAUAGCUUUUUCGAGUAUCUUCUCAAGGCGUUUGCCAUGUUUGGCGAUCGAGAAAUGCUUGAGCUCUUUGAGACUGCCUUCCCCAACAUGCUGCAGCGAAGCCAAAUUGCCAACACGCCAAUCUACGCCAAUAUUGACAUGAACUCGGGUCAAGUCUUGAAUACAUGGAUCGACAGUCUCCAGGCCUACCUGCCCGGGCUCAAGGUUCUUGCCGGGGAUGUCGAAGCUGCUGCGGUUGAUCAUGCAUUCUACCUCUCCAUCUGGCGCCGCUAUCAGGCGCUUCCCGAGCGCUUUAAUUACCGUCUCAAGGUACAGGGUGAAAAAAGGCAGCUCUUUGAGUCAACGUAUAUGUUGUACCGUGCCACCGGCAGCAAAUAUUAUCAACGCGUCGGUGCUGAACUCAUGCAAGAUCUGGAGAGACAUGCACGUGCACCUUGUGGCUAUGCGACUCUUCACAAUGUCGAAGACAAGUCCCAAGAGGAUCGAAUGGAAAGCUUCUUCUUGAGCGAGACAUUGAAGUACCUUUUUUUGCUUUUUGAUGACGAGCAUCCGUUGCACCAGGGCAAUGCAACCGCUCACGUGUUCACAACAGAGGGUCAUUUGCUGCCCAUUCUUGGGGCACUACGGGACGCUGAGGGCAUUCGUGAUACGAACAAAGAGAAUCACAGUGCUGAAGUAGCCUGGUGCGUCAUCGAAAGUGUUGUAGGAGAAAGAGAUGAAUUGAAAACAUAA